AUGGGAAAAACAGCUAUAAGUCAUAUUAAUAAAGGUUAUUCCUAACAAAAUGUUUUUCAUUCUUUGGGGCCUCCUGGCUCAUUGCUCAGCAUUUUAAUUGUUACCUUGUCUCAACGCAUUUCAUCCGUAUUUUGAAAUAUUCACUUUGAAACAUCGUGUUUGGAAACAACUGUAUAAACACACGUGCAACAGUAAUACAUAAUAAGAACAAUACGCUUAUUUCCGGUUCCGCUGGCCCCGCCCCCUCUUCCCAAACACGUGGAUCUCUUCCGGGUUCUUCAUCCUUUGUUCCCUGUUCGUCAGCAGCCCAGAAGCGGGAGUGUUGAUAAAGCUGUAAGAGAGCUGCAGCAGCAGCAGUUGAUGAACUCUGGAAAGAAGUCCAGCAGCUUGAGGAACAUCUGGUCAAAGAAACUGGAGGGAAGCAGGAGCUCAAACAGCGGCAGGACGCAGCAGAGGAAGAGACACCAGAUGAUGGAUGAUGUUUUCCAGCCCAGAUUAGAUGUUAAAGAAGAGGCUCCUGGAGGACAGAGUCCUGAUAUGGACCAGCAGGAGUUGCAGCUCCUCCACAUAAAGGAGGAAAGUGAAAGAAUCUGGACCAGCCAGGAUGGAGAGCAACUGAAUGUGAAGAAGGAGACUGAUGAUACCAGGUUUCCAUCAACUGUUGUUUAUAUGAAGAGUGAAGAGGAUGAAGAGAAACCUCUGCUCUCUCAGCUUCAUCAACACCAAACAGAAGACAGAGAUCUUACAAGCAGCAUCUCAACUGACCAGAUAAAAGCAGAAAUUAAAGUAGAGGACUGUGGGACAGCAGAAUCCAGCAGGAACCCAGAUCUAAAUACUGAUGGAGGCUCUUCCAACUAUUUAGAGACUAAAGACGGUGAAGAUGAUGAAGAGGAUGAUGAUGUGAAGCAUCAUAAAUCUGAGCUUAAACGCUUGUCAGACUCUGAAACUGAAGACAGUGAAGAUGAUUGGAAGGAGAGCAGGACUCCAGGGUCAGACAGAAACGCUGUCAACAAAUCUUUGAGCUGCUCUGAGUGUGGGGGAAAAUUUGCUAACAGACGCUCUCUUCAGAGUCACAUGACAUGUCAUCCAAGAUUAACGUCUUCAGAUUGUUCUGGUAAUGAGACAUGUUUCAGAGAAAAGAAAAAUAUAGAUUUAUUGACAAAAGUCCCGACGAGUAGUAAAACCUUUUACUGUGAUGAUUGUGGUAAAGUUUUUAAGAAGAAACAAGAACUAAGCACACACAUGAAAGUCCACACAGGAGACAAACCCUUUGGUUGUGAUGUUUGCAGAAAAAGAUUUGCCUCCAAGUCACAUUUAAAUAGACACAUGAGAAUCCACACAGGAGUCAGAUCUUAUAGUUGUGAUGCAUGUGGAAAGAGAUUUAACCAAAAGUCAUAUUUAAACAUACACAUGAGAAUCCACACAGAAGACAAAUCCUUUAGUUGUGAUGUUUGCAGAAAGAAAUUCGCCUCCAAGACACAUUUAAAUAGACACAUGAGAAUCCACACAGGAGACAAACCCUUUGCUUGUGAUGUUUGUGGAAAGAGAUUUUCCCAAAAGUCAAAUUUAAAUAACCACAUGAGAAUCCACACACAAGACAAACCCUUUGUCUGUGUUGCAUGUGGAAAAAGAUUUAACCAAAAGUCAACAUUAAACCUACACAUGAGAAUCCACACAGGAGUGAAAUCCUUUAGUUGUGAUGUUUGCAGAAAAAAUUUUGCCUCCAAGACAUAUUUAAAUAGACACAUGAGAAUCCACACAGGAGACACCCCCUUUGGUUGUGAUGGUUGUGGUAAAAGAUUUUACCAAACCUCAGAUUUAAAGAAACACAUGAGAAUCCACACAGGAGACAAACCCUUUGAUUGUGAUGCAUGUGGAAAAAGAUUUAACCAAAAGUCAUAUUUAAACAACCACAUGAGAAUCCACACAGGAGACAAACCCUUUAGUUGUGAUGAUUGUGGAAAGAGAUUCAGCUACAUGUCACUUUUAAACCAACACAUGAGAAUCCACACAGAAGACAAACCUUUUGGUUGUGAUAUUUGUGGAAAAAGAUUCAUCUACAUGUCACAUUUAAACAGACACAUGAGAAUCCACACAGGAGACAAACCUUUUGGUUGUGAUGCUUGUGGAAAGAAAUUUAAUCAAAAGUCAAUUUUAAACACACACAUGAGAAUCCACACAGGAGACAAACCCUAUAGUUGUGAUGUUUGUGGUAAAAGAUUUUACCAAACCUCAGAUUUAAAGAAACACAUGAGAAUCCACACAGGAGACAAACCCUUUGGCUGUGAUGCAUGUGGAAAAAGAUUUAACCAAAAGGCACUUCUGAACAAACACAUGAGAAUCCACACAGGAGAGGGAAGCUCUUUGGUUUAGAUGCUUGUGUUAUAAGAUUAUACAAAAAGUCACAUUUAAACCCACACAUGAUAACUCACAGAGGAACUAAACCCUCAAGCUGUGAUGCUUGUGGUAAAUAUUUUGCCUUUAAGUCAAAUCUAAACCAACACACUAGAAUUUACAGAAAACAAAAGCCCCUUGCUGGGUAUGAUUGUGGAAAGAUUUAAGCAUAAUUUAUGCCCCUUUUAGUUCAUAUAGCACGGAGACUGUGGCUGACGUGGUAGGAGUUCGUCCCCAAACCCCCGCCCUGUCUGUCUCAGUCGUUGUGUCCUUGGGCAAGACACUUCCUUCACCCUCCUUGCCUGCUGAUGGUGGUCAGAGGGCUCGGUUGUGCCGAUUGUAUGGCUACCAUGUUUCUGUCAGUGAGCCCCAGGGCAGCUGUUGCUACAAUGUAGCUCACCACUGUCAGUGUGUGAAUGUGUGUAUGAAUGGGUGGAUGACUGAUUGUAGUGUAAAGCACUUUGGGGUCCGCAGACUUGAUAAAGUGCAAGGCAAGUGCAGGCCAUUUGCCAUAUAGUGGCAAUAAACAUGCAGCCUGAACACCCCAUUAUGGAUAACUUUGUCCGUUCACAGCUUCUCUGAGCUGCUCUGGUCUCCUGGUUUGUUCUUGGCCUGCUUAUAGAGGUCCCCUCUGCUGACCCAGCUUCCUCAGAUGUAGUUGCUGUUGUAUGUGCAAAUUGUCUUGGUGGACACACACGUGCUCACAAAACAUGGUUUAUGAUAUCAUUGUUUCAGUGAGUUUGAUGAGGUCAGUUGCUUCAGCUUAAUAAGAUACUUUAAUCUGUGCAGUCCAUGCUGGCCUGUAACUUCUGCUUUAAUUCCUCUGUCCACUUCCUUAUACAGGUCCUUCUCAAAAUAUUAGCAUAUUGUGUUAAAGUUAAUUAUUUUCCAUAAUGUCAUGAUGAAAAUUUAACAUUUAUAUAUUUUAG